CAGAACCCACUAGACAUUCAGGGCACGCGCGUGCGCGCGAACACGCAAGGCCUGUCCAUCCAAGCUCCGCCGGCAGACCACGUGCCGACAACCCUGUGUACGGACUAGGCCACGCCGGCCACGCCGGCCACGCCCGUCUCCCCUGGUCACACUGGCGUCACUUCAGGCGCGACCGUCGCGAGUUGUGAGGGAAAUGCGUAUCGUAACGUGCUUCGAGCUCCACACAUGGCACGCGCUCGGUGGCGCGGGCGAAAAUCGUCGCUUCAAGGUCCAGACGCGGCUCAGCGACCCUAGGCUGCAGGCCACCGUAUACAAGUGUAUGGGUGUGUGUCACGGCCAGAAAAUCCUGUUGGGACAACUUCUUGCAGUAAGCAGCCUUAUUUAUGCCUACAUUCCACGAGGGCUCUGCUUGCGCAGGUCGGCACAAUGUCAGACGGAUGCGUCAGGAUGUGUAUUCCCUGAGUGGAUUGCGCUCGCGUGCACUGAGCAUAUAUAAGAGCUAUUACACCGUUACUUGCAAUCACUGCAUGCCUUACCACGACUCAGGCGCGCACCGGCGAGCUCAACAAGCACGCUUACGCCCGCAGCUCCCUGUAUAAACACUUCUUACAAUUAAUAUUCACACACUCAUUCAGCUUAUACUCGUGGCAUGCGGGGAGCUCAAGUUGCGGUCCCCCGUGCUAAGUGCUUCUCUUAGCUUGAGGUGCCAAUGUCCGCUUCGCCAUGAAAGAAGCCCAUAAAUGCCUGGCAACACGAAGAAGGCAAUGCUCGGAAGGCCGGGGCUCGACGUGUGGCUCGUCAUGAACCUCGUCGCUCUGAGCUGUGCUGUGAUUGCAGCUCAAAACAAUGUAGACGCCGGUUCAUUAACCACACAAGAGGGCAGCCAGACUACCUCCAUCUACGCCACUGGCAGCGGCCCACAUGACGGCGACCUGCGUCUGGUGGAGGGGCCGUCAACACUUGAGGGUCGACUGGAGGUGUUUUACAACGGCACGUUCGGUCUAGUGUGUGAUGACAGGUUCACAAACGCAGCAGCGGAGGUGGCGUGUCGCCAACUGGGUUUCUCAGGCGGACUGGCCUUGUGUUGCAGCCGAUACGGUCCCCAGCAACAGGGACUCACAGGCGGGGUCGGCGGCGGUGGAGCCGCCACCUCCACCACCUCCACCAGCUCCGGCGGCAGCUCCGGUCCGGCGGGCAGCGGUGUCUUGCCGGGUGCCCCUGCCGCCUUCCAUCUGGAUGAGGUGGUGUGCGCGGGCAGUGAGGCGUCGCUGGCCGCGUGCGAGCACAACGCCUGGGGCUUUCACGACUGCGGCAGUGGCGAGGCGGUUGCGGUCCGGUGCUCGGCGCUAGCAGGAGCUGCCGCAAAUAACAGCGCUAGCGGCACCAACAGCACCAACAGCAGUAGCGGCGUCGCGCAGCCGUACAGCAGCGUGGGGCCUGCGAUCCGCUGCCUGGCCAGUGGGUCAGACCGCACGGGCAAUUGUACGGACGUCGGCCCCGUGUACUUCUACUAUGGAGGGGGCACCACGGAGGUGGAGUACCGCGUCUUGUACCGCUACGCAAACGGGGCGCACUCCUGCCCGGCCCCGCUGACGGUGAACGCAUCCGCAGACGAAUACCAGUUCAGCAUGGUUGCCUGGGUCAUGGACCGGGCAGUCCCGCCGCCCCCCGGGCGACACGCUUUCAUGGUGCAGCGCCGCGGCCACAUCGGCAAGCUGUACAAUGUGGGGCCUGCCUGGCUGAAGGACCUGUGGAUUGACGUGAUGGAGACGGUGGAUGACGGGUCCUUGGAACUGGUCGAGUCUAUGGACAGAACCAUGGGCUACGACCCGACCACUGGAAAGCUGGAUGUGGCGGGUCCGGCAAUUGCCGGGUGGCGGUGGAGGCACGGAUCGGUUGGCCUGACCAGUCUUUACGUCCCGGAAACCUUUCCCGAGUUGACGGCAGCCAGCGGUGCCGGCAUCAAUGCCACCUAUCAACUGGUGUACGAAAUGUCGUCAACCCAAGCCACGACGGACUUCCUCGCAUACUCAUACCCAGGCUCCCUGCGCUUCACCGUACACCACGCGCGCUCAAGCCCGCCGCUGCUGAUCUACGUUCAGCUGGAAAGUGUGGUCCACCCCGCCACCCUUUCUGCGCUGCUGCUCCAACGCGUGGAGGGCGACUCGGUGUGGACAGUGGCACGGCUUCCGCCCGAGUCGGACGCGCUCAAACUGCAGCAGCAGACGCUCCUUUUCCGGGAUGAGACGAACAUCCAGGGUUGGGGCUGCCCGCCUUCUGCAGCAGCGACGCCAGCCCCCAGCUCAAUGGGCAUGACUAAUGCUACUGGUGGCACCGGCACAGCCCUGGGCGGCGGCAACGGACUGGAUGGGGCCAACACCACGACCGGGGCAGCUCCCUCGCCGCCGCCCCCAGGCCCCAGCAAUGCUAGCAGCAGCAGUAACACAAGCGCCCAGCAACAGGCCGCAGCACACGCCUACUCAUGCAGCCUGUUGCUCAGGGGUUGCAGCAAUCAGACAUCUCCGCGCUCGGCGGGCGCGACCGCCGCACCAGGCGCACCGCCCUGCUUUGCUGCGGCGGAGCUGCACUGCACAUGGGCGGUGGCGCCCAACGGCACCCAGGGUGCAGCCACAGCAGGUGCGCCUGACGCGCCACGGCUCCAGGUGGAGGUGGGGCAGCAGCUGCUGCCCCACCUCACGUACAGCGGAGUGGACAUCAUCCCGCGCGCUGAUGCGGCACCAGCAGUCGCGGAUGCUGCAGGAGCCACAGCAAACAGCACCAACACCACAUCGGCCGUUGGCAACAGCUCAGUGUCAACAGGAGCGCAGGAUGUUUGGGACUGGGGCAUCAGCAUCCUUGGUCAAGCAGCGGAAUCUGUGAAGCUGCAGCACUCGUGGAUCAGUGAUCUACCGCUGAGCCCCGCGGGGCCUUUGGUGGAGUGCAGGGAAUGCGCGAGCGUGACCUUCCUGAAUGUGACGCUGCAAGACCUCCUUGGGGGCGUGGCACAAGCAGCGGACAACAACACCAGUGCUUCAGACAGCAGCAGCGGCACGCUUGUGCAGCAGCAGCCGGCGGCGGUUGGCGCCGUGCUGGUGACUGGUGUGAGGGAUGUGCACAUGGAGGGCUGCACGUGCCAGCGCGUGACGGGCGCAACAGGCUGGGGCUGCUUGGCAGUGGAGCUGGCGGCGGAGGCCUCGGCGGCGGCCGGGACGGAAGGCUCCGACUACAGCCUGACCCUGGAGGACACACGCGUGCUGGACAACACCAUGGUGCCAGCCGUCGCACCCGCCGCCGCACCAACGACCUUUGAUGCCGCGCCGCCGCCGCCGCCGGGCGCGCCGACCGCUGCGGCGGCGGUGACCGCUUCUGUGGCGGCUCCUGUACGGCCUGUGGACGUCGUACUGCAGGCGCUUCUCAGCAGCGGCGGCGGCACCAUGUCGCUGCUGUCUGACGUGGAUGGGGCGACGGGGGCCGUGGUGGUGCUGCUGCGCAACGCCACCCAGGCGGCGGCGGUGGAUAUCCGCGUCCGGCGUUCCGACCUAAGCCGCAACUCGGGAGGCACGGGCUCGGUGCUCUUCCUAGGCCCCGGCCUCGAGGGUGACAUCGCGCUGGUCUCAACAUCUGUGGGCUGCAACACAGCAUCAGGCCAUGGCGGCGCCUUCUGCACCAUGGGCUUUCUGCGCAAGCUCGAGCUGACGCAGGGCAGCAGCCUCGACGGAAACAGCGCUCUCAAUCAUAAAGGAGGCGUCAUCUACGCGCCGCUUGGCUACGGGUUGUUAAGUCUUGAUAAAAGCAGUGCCUCGGACAACAUUGCUGCGGAGGGCGGCGUGCUGGCAUCGGGUAUGGCAGCGGGCGACGUGACCGUCACAAGCGGAAGUCGAAUGGACAACAACACAGCACAGCAGGCGUGUUCAAUUGUUUGCGGAUGGGUGGCAACUGGCUUGCCGCCAGCGCAUUAUGUGGGCGCAAACGUGACCGUCCGUGCGAGCUCCAUCAGCCACAGUAAAGGUGGAUGGCGUGUGUUCUCCUUCUUCAUGAUGUGGAGCCUUGUGGUAGCCGACAGCGUCAUGGACGGCAGCAAUGUGUCAUUCGUACACGUGGGGUGGUACCCUGAAACUCCCGGAUACGACCGCAGCGUCCACAGCGUUCACAUCGAGAGGUCGCGCUUUGUGAACGGACAUGACCUAUUCUCGGGAGCGAUCACCGACUUCUCAGUAAAUGUUUUUGAGUUGCGCAUCAUAGACUCCGUGAUUGAUCGAAACUCGGUAACCGGGGCUAGCGUGGUGAUCACGGGUUAUUACUACGGCAGCAUCGUCUUCCGCAACACCAGCAUUUCGGACAACAUGAUCAACCGCACCGAUGCCUCUUGGGGCGCCGUACUUUCGGGGAUUGCGGCGGCAGGUGACAUCACAUUCGAGGAUGUUGUUAUGCGGAACAACACAGGCGGGCGAUACGGCGGUUUUAGCAUGGCGUACUUGAGAUCUCUGACCAUUCGGGGUCCCCGAACCGUUAUGGAGGACUUCGCAAAGGGUUUCUUCUACGUGGAACAGAACGUUGAAGCCAUCACCAUUGCAGAUGGUGCGUUAGUCAGAAACAACAUUGACACCAGCGGCGUCCGGAGCGGGGGUUUCAUCCAGAUCGCACAGAACGCUGGUGACAUCACUAUUGACAAUGCCACGCUCCUGGAUAGCAUGGCUGGAAUCGCCGGAGGCUUCAUUACUAUCGGCAAUGACGUGCUGGGUAGCAUCCGCAUCAGCAACGCACACAUUGAGGGCCACACCGCUGGCAACGGCGCGGGUGGAUUCAUGGCGGUAGGCGGCAGCGUGCAGGGCGUCGUGGAGAUCAACAACAGUCGCAUCUGCAACUGUCAGGCGAAGACGUCCGGCGGGGCGCUCUACGUCCAGUCUGGCGUCUUCGGUGGGAUCUUCCUGGGGGCAGGAGCCACACUGUGUGGCAAUAAGGCUGUCACCGGAAGUGGCGGCGCGAUCGCCGGCGGAUUCACGGUCCCUGUGGUCGCCGUGAGCGAUGGCGCCCAGCUUCUGGAGAAUGAGGCGGAGGUGGACGGCGGUGCGGUGUGGUCGUCCGGGCUGAUCGGAAACAUUACCAUCAGUGCCGGUGGGCGUGUGGCGGCAAACAGGGCCGCCGGAAAUGGCGGGGCCUUCGCCGCCGGCUUCAUCGGCGGUGUGGAGCUGCGGGACGGCGGGGAGGCAGUUGGCAAUACCGCGGGUGUGGAUGGAGGGCUGGCGUGGGCGGACCGCCUGACGUCAUUCUGGCUGCGGGGCGGCUCGGCCACAUCCAACACGGCUGGUAACUCAGGCGGCGUGCUAGCUGUCAACACGCUCCCGGACUUUGUGGUACUAGAUGGAGCUGUGCUUUCAGACAACCGAGCCAAGCAAGGCGCUGGCGGCGCCAUAAGCGUGAGCAUCCCGGUUCCGGGAUCGCCGCUGCUGUCCCAAGUGGUGCCUUCGGGCCAAGCGCUCGUCAACAUCACAGGAGGCUCAGUCUUCUCUGGCAAUUACGCCUACAUGGACGGGGGCGUGAUCAGCAUUGCUGCAGAGGAACGUGGCAAUGCCAUUGAUGCAGUCAGCAACGCGCCUCGAAUCCAGCUAAGCGUACACAUGGAGGCCAGUACCUUCCUAAUCAACACGGCGGGUGGCGCGGGCGGGGCUCUGUUUGUGUCGGCCCCAGCCCUGGGCGCCGUCCGUGUGGCCAUCACUGCCUCCAAGUGCCGCUUCACACGCAACACGGCCGGUUCCUCCGUGUUUGAGCGCGGCAGCACCACUGACAGUGGCUGCGGCGGCGCAGUGGCAGCCACGUCCACGCCCAAGUACCGGGCCAUGGCCGUGCUGGAGGCGGCGCAGCUGCAGCAGCAACAACAAGAGGCCGCCGCCGCCGCAAAUGGCGGCAGCAGCAGCAGCAACAACAGCAGCAGCAGCACUAAUGGGAGCCCUGAAGCAGCAGCUCUAGCGUACCUGGACAGUGCCUGCAGCUUGCUGGUGUCGGGCUGUGUGUUUGAAGACAAUGUUGCCCUUAGCAAUGGCGGUGCCGUGUCGGUUGUGUCCUGCCCCGCCCGGGUGGACCGCUCCUCGUUCGCUCGGAACGCCGGCAAGUCAGGUGGCGGCCUGUCCAGUCGGGUGGAAUCCCAGGAGGCCGUCAGCGCGACGCCUGCUACGACAGAACAGCAACAGCAGCAAACUCGGCGGCGGGCGCAGCAGCAGCAGGUGCUGCUGCAAAAGCCCUCGGAAAGCAACCCAUGGCUGCAGGUGUGGGACUCGAACUUUGCCAACAACACGGCCACAGGCCCCUGCGGUGGCGGCGUGCACGUCGAGUUUGGGCGGGGCGAGAGCGCGCGCAUUGCCCGCUGCUACUUUAGCGGCAAUGCCGCGCCGUUGGCAGGGUCCGGCGGCGCCGUGUGCCUGCAAGCCCUGGGCAGCAGUGGGCGGGCAGAGGUGGCCGACUGCAAUUUCAGCGGGAACUCAGCCGCGGAGCUAGGCGGAGGCGUGCUCGCGGAGCUCGCAGGCAGCGGCGGCGGCGGCGGCGGCCACCACCUGCUGCUGUCGCGGCUUGUGAUGAGCGCGGAUGCGGCAGGCAGGGCCGGCGGCGCUGUGGCCCUUGCGUCCGUCUCAGCGUCAUCCGUGCUGGCUCUCCAGGACAGCUCCAUCUCUGGCUCCUCCGCCGCACAAGGUGGUGCAGUGUACGCCCAGUGCCGGGUUGGCAGUAGCAGUAGCAGCAGCAGCAGCGCGGGCACAGCGGGCACAGGAGCAGCCGCAGCAGGCGGCUGCAGCAGCGGAGUCGGAUACGACGUGUUGCGCAUGGACAACACCCGCAUCUCGCAGUGCAUGGCGCGGGCAGGCAGCGGCGGCGGCUUGUAUCUGGCUGCGGGCACCACUGCCCGGGUCCGUGACUGCGCGUUCACUGCCAACACAGCCUCGGCGUCGGGCGGAGGUGUCCGAGGCACGGACUGCGCGCGACUGAGCCUGGAGCGCGUGUCGGUGCGGGGCGGCAGCGCCGACCAGCUGGGAGGAGGCGUGGCGUCCACGUGUGCGGAGCUGCUGGUGCUGAACGGCAGCAGCAUCGUAAACAACUCGGCGCUCACAGGCGGAGGGCUGGCGCUGUCGGGCCCAGCUGCAGCCGCCACGGCUGACGGGACGUCGUCGCGCCCGGCAACAGUGACCAUCACAGAUGCAACCAUAGCUGCCAACAGCGCGAGCCCCCUAGCUGCCGGUGGCAGUGGCAGUAACAGCAGUAGCACUGGAGGGCGUCAGGCAGUCUACGUGCGUUACGGGGGGCACGGAGGCGGGGCGUUUGUUGCCGGGAACGUGUCGGUGCUUCUUCGGGAUGUGGACAUGUCCGUCGGCAACCUCGCGGUGACCGGGUCAGCGGUGGCGUCCACACAGCAGGGGUGCUUGCCCGGAGCAGCCGGCGGCGAUGACGCGUGUGCGCAGCAGCUCGUCCUGCAGGAUGUACGGCUGCCAGCUCAAGAGACGCCAUCUGUUUGGCUGCAAGACACAAGUGCUCGGGCGCUGCGUGUCAACUGCAGCGGCCUCGCGAGGUUAAGCAACGUACCCGCACCUGCAGUGCAAGCGCCAUGCACAGCCGCAGCGGCCGCCGACACCAGCAGCAGCAACGGCACGGCGGCAUCUGACCAGCUUCUGCGGGCGUGUUUGCUAGAGCAGCAGCUUGGGCAGUGUGUCGUGGCGCCGACCGUGGAGCUCGUUAGAGACCAGAUAAGCCCUGCGACAUUUAGCGCUCUGAGCCUUCUGGAUGCGCCGCCCACCCACAUGCGGCUUGUGUCCGGGCUACAGUCGUCAGAUGGGUGGCUGGAGUUAAGCGCGGGCACGGCCUUCCAGCUCGCUGUGCAGAUCUUCAACAGCCUUUCUCAGCCGCUACAUACGGACACAAUGGAGUGGAGCAUCGCAGUCAGCAUCCGGCCGCUGCGGCUCCCCACCAACAACGCCACCAGCAUCGAACGCCCCUGGAACGAUCCCAACCUGGCGAAUCUGGAUCCGGAUCCGGCGGCGGGCGGCUCCCUGACAGCCAACGUGGUGGGCGGGGUGGCCACGUGGCCUCGCCUCAAGGUCCGGGGCUGGGUGGGGCCUUACGAGCUCAUCUUCCGGGCCUUCAGCCCCAGUGAUGCAACCCUGUACCAGGUAUCGGACUUGGCAGUGCGAGCCCGCAUCCUGCCAUGCCUGGAGGGCGAGGCUCUGGACCUGAGCUGGGCGCAGCAGUCGUGGGGGCAGCCCUCCUGGGUGUCGUGCGCCAGGUGCAGCGGCGGCACCUUCACUCUGUGGCGCGACACGCGGCCCGCCCUGUCCGACGUGGAUAGCCCCAACUACAUGCAGCAGAUGAAGGAGCUGUCCCAACACGCGGCAGCCUCCCAGGCGGCUUGCCAGCGGUGCCCCAACAACGCCAUCUGCCCCGGCGGCCGUGUCGUUGUGCCCAACCCAGGCUACUGGCACUCGGCCCCGGACUCCGCACUGCUGCACCGCUGCCCGCAGCAGGCAGCGUGCGGCAACCCAGUGGAUGCCAACCGCUGGCCUGACGUGCAGCGCGCACUGAGCACCGCAGCCUCCACCCUGAUCAGCGCCAACGCAUCCCUCAGCACCACCCUCGGCGCCCUCAGCACCCUCAGCAGCAGCAAUGGCCUGGAUGGCCCGGGCUAUGACGCACGAUCAGAGUGGCUCAUCGCCUGCCAGCAGCUUCGGGGCUCUCUGGCCGUAGCCGGCGGCGGUUCCAGCAGCAGCAGCAGCAGCAGCAGUAUCAAUGCCAACGCGCUCCAAAGCGGAAACGCAGCCCACGGCAGCUUGGUGGCGCUGACACCAGACACGGUGGCUGCGGCGUGUGGCGGCAGUAGCAAUGACACGGCUGGCGGUGGCGGCUACCUCGGGCUGCAGUGUGCGGAGGGCUAUGCCGGCAACCUGUGCGCCACAUGCACACCUGGGUACUUCCUGGACUCGGAGCUCAGCUGCUCGCCAUGCCCUAGCCUCGGCUACACAAUCGUGAUUGCCAUCCUAGCACUCAUCGGUACCACCAUGCUCAUUCUCUACACGAGCUACGUCACAUUUGAGGAGCAAAUCAUUCUGUCCCGAACCGCUAGCAACAGCCUGCACAAGCCCAACGAGAAGGAGACGUCUGCGGCCGACAUUCUCAAGGUCCUGAUUGUGCACGUCCAAUUCUAUGUCAUCGUCACCCGCCUGGCAAUCCCCUACCCCGACUCUGUGUCGCGUCUCGCGGCCGUCACCACCGCCAUCACGGGCAGUGAGAACGCGUUUGUGUACAGCCACGCGUGUUUCGUGCCAAGACUCAACCCUGAGUGGCAGGCGCGCUCCCAGCUGGCAGGCGCGCUCAUCACGCCGGUACUGGUGCUGUCGCUCAGCCUCCUGAUUUGGCUUCUCCGUCGCACUGUGGCCAAGUGCCUGGCGCACGCUCCCUCGCGCAACGCGAAUCGGCUGCAGCUGACCCAUAGCUUCUCGUCCUCUGGUGGAGGGCUGGAGCCGCGCAGCAGUGCCGCCGCCGCCCCCGCAUUCCGCCAGCCGUCCCCCGGAACAACGAUAGACGAGGAGCCGCUCGCCACGCCCACGGGUUCUGUUGUGUCAGCGCUGUACACCGCAGCGGCGUCGGUUGCUGCGGCGGAUCCCUCCCAGCGCCUGCAGACCAUGCAGUCACUGCAGCACCAGCCGCACUUCACGCUCAGCAGUCGCUUCUCGGAGGGCGGCGGCGGCAGCACCCUCGGGAGUGCCGCCGUCGCUCAACGGGCGGUUGGGGGCUUGCUGUCCACGGCCGCCUCCCUGCGCCUUAUUGUCGCCACGGACGGCACGGGGGUUGUGGACUUUGCAGAUGAAGACGACUGCACAGACGAAGCUCCGGAGCCCCCUGCGGCGCCCCAGACGGAGCCGAUCCCGGAGCCCCUUGCGGGGGCAACUCCGUCAUCCGUGCCCUUCGACGACCCACGCAGCCACGGCUGCAGCAGUAGCGGCGAAACAGCAGAUGAGCACACGCGCAGCGGCAGCCACGCGCAGAGUGCCCGAGGCGCAAAGGAUGCGGACGCGGCCCCGCCUCUCUCCGCCGCGUCCUCCAUGCAGAGGCGGCGCACGCAAGACGCGGCUGCCUCUGUCGCUGCGACACAGCGCGACCUCCGCAUGAGCGCCAAUGGCAUGCUGCCCGCAUCCGCCUUCGCGCUCGCCCAGGCGCCCAGCCUGCGGGGGCGUCUGUCCCUCUUGCGCUCAAAGGACAGCAGGCCGCAGACGCCGCGCGCGCCCCUCGCCACCUCUCCCUCGCUGCGCCCCGUGGGCAGUGGCAAGCUGCAGACCGCGCUGUCCAACAUCAGCCGAAUUUCGGUGGUGGCUGGGAUUUCGGAGAGCUUCCAGAAGAGCGGCGUCCGGCGGCUGUUGUCCCAGCUAGACGCCAGCUUGAAGCUAGGGGAGCAGCUGCUGGUGGUGCUGAUGAUUGGCGUGUUCAUCGUGUACCCGGGAUGGGCCAAUGCGGCACUCAGCGUCUUUACAUGCUACAUCAUCGACGACGGCUCCACGGGCCUCUUCCCCGAGCGGCAGCAGGCCACGUGGCCGUACGGGUACUGGAUCCGAGAUCACAACCUGCAGUGCUACAACGGCACCCACCUGCGUGUGUACGUGCCGGUGGGCGUGGUCGCGUUCGUGGUGCUGUGCCUGGCGCCGCCCGUGGCGUCUUUCGUCAUACUGUGGCGGCGCCGCAAGCAGCUGACGGAGCCGCAGGUCCAGCUGCGGUACGGGUUCCUGUACAGCCGCUACAAGCGCCGCUUCUGGUACUGGGGCAGCGUGCAGAUGGUGCAGCAGCUGCUGCUGGUGGCUGUGGAGAUGUUUGGGCGCGCCCUCACCCAGGUGGACCAGCAGAUUGCGGUGCUGCUGGUCACAUUCACGCUCAUGGCGCUCGUCAACAUGGCCUGCUCGCCCGCAAAGAGCCGCCUGCUGACGCUCCUUGAUUUCUUCUCCCUAGCCGUGCUGAUCCUGACGCUCUCCCUCAGUCUCUUCUUUGUCACGGAGGCGCCCCUGGAGCGCUCUCAGGCGGACGCCGUGGGGGUCCUCAUCAUCGCCAUCAACGCCGCCCUGCUGCUGUCCUUCGCCGCGCUGCUGCUGCGCCGCACCUGGAUGGCGCUGCAGGACAAGCUGGACCAGCGGCUGCGCAAGGUGUGGCGCCGCGUGGCCACCUUCAACAGCGUGCGAGAGGGCGCGCAGGAGGUGUGCGUGGAGGCGCUGCCGCCGCACGGGGGGCACCAGCACCAGCGCGACCCCGAUGGCGGCGGCACGCAGGCGGCGGCAGCAAGCGCUGCUGUGGGCGCGCCGCCACCACCACUGCAGCCGGCAGCGUCGGGGCCGCUUCUACCGCAGUCGCACUCCCUUGCAUCGCCCGCAGCGGCAGUUGCCGCACAGGCAGCAGUUGCAUCGCCAGCAGCAGCUGCCGGUGGUCGGACGCGGGAGGGGCCGCUGCUGCCGCUGCCACCCAGCGCGCUGCCUGGCCGCCUCAAGGUCAUGCGUGUCGGGUCGCCGCUCAUCCACAACACAACACACACGGCGGGCGCUGCUCCUGCGCGCCCCUUGUCGCCUGCGUCCUCUACCUCCCUGCACCCGCAGCCAUCGUCAACGCUGGCCCCGCAGAGCUCAUUAGGCCAGUCCCGCUCUACCCACUCUUGGUCGACAUCGCAGCCGCCCUCUCAGCCCCCCUCCCAGCCCCCCUCCCAGCCGUCCUCGCAGUCCCCCUCCCAGCCGUCGUCGUCCCAGACUGGCGCCGGCGGGCGGCGGCCGUCAACGGCCAGCCCUCAGCCGCUGCGCGCAGCAGUACAGGCUGCCGCCGUACACCAACAGCCGGGGCCGCAGCCGCUGGCACAGCCGCCUCUGCAGGCGUUGUUCCGCCAGGCUGGCAGUGACGGUGCUCGUGCAAGGCCCGCAGACCAGGACCCAACGCCCUUCGCGCUGCUCCAGCAGAUGGACUCCAUGUUUUAGUGAAAGUGCCGAUGGUUCGAUGCGUGGGUUGUGCCACUGUCCUGCAGUGUUGGUGGCCCCCCCAAAAAAUGUGUCAGGUUGCAGGCUCGCACGCGCACAGCUAAAACUGUAGAAAUUGUUGAAUCAUGCUGAAGACACGACCGGCAUACUGCUGAAUCAUAUUCGAGGCUUGAUGGGGUGCAGGGGCAAAUGCGGGGUAUGACUGUUUUGCGCGGUGAUAUGCUUGAUUAAGCUCCCUUCUCCUUUCAUGUGUGAGACUUGCUACUGUUUCUUGUGUUCUGCUCCCUGCAUCAACGAUAUGGAUCAGCGCUUGUUAUUGUGAGGGUUACUUUCCAUGGGGGCCAUGGUCGAAAUGCUGCGUAUGGCAUAAGUGAGUGUAGGGGCGGUUACCUAAAUGGUAUGCGCGCGCCGCGACAUUGAAUAAGGUGGGUUCAUGAGCCGCACGAGCGCGCAGCGUUGUGUGAUGUAUAAGGCGAAGUGGUUCCUGGAUAAAUUUGGGUGUGCAACCCUGGUGCCUGGCUUUGGUUAGGCUCGUGUGUUCAUUCAUGGUUCCCUUCAUGGUUCGAAGCAACGUGGUUGCACUGUAUGGUGUCGUGUGGCAUUGCGUGUGCGUGGUUGUCUUGCAGGACGUGCAGGACGUCUCUCGCUCUUCUCGCUGCUUGGUCCAACCGUUGCAGCUGUUGAGGUUGAGGCAGCCUGAGUCAUGGCGCACACGAGUGACGCGCCUGAACGUGCCGAGUGCGAAAUGCUUAGGCAACAAGCCAUGUUAGCGGAGUGCUGUCGAAACAUGUAUCACAUAGUGCAUGUUAUCCCUUUUGAAGCACACAGAUGCCUUGUGAGGUUUCGGCUUUGCUGUUGGCCGAUUGCAGCUAAUAGAGACCACCUAGAAAUGCCAGGCUUUGCCCCCUCUGCAACAAAGGAGUAGAGGAUGAACGGCAUGUUUUGCUUAAGUGUGAAGCGUACACGUGUGUCAGAUCAACGUACGGUAUCAGUUCUGAUUCAAUGCAGCAGGUUAUGCAAGGUGGCUUGCUGCGUAGUGGCUUAAGUUGGCUUGCUGCAUGCGUGGUAUUUGGUCUAAGGGCUGUCUUUUGAUUAGGCAGAACCGUCUUGAUUAGGCAGAACCACGACGGUGCACACGGUGUGCAAGGCGUAACUGACAAUCCAGUUCCAGGAGACGAGGGGCCCUUGCGGCUCGGUUAGU